AUGGGCUUCAAAAACUUGGUUAUUUUAAUUUCUGUGGUGACAAUAUUGAACGUACUUGUUGGUCAGUAUGUGAAUUGCAAGGGUACCGAUGGUAAUCAUUAUCAUCGUCGUACUCGUCAUCAUCAACAUCAUCGUAACUCACACACUCACUUAGGCAAUAAUAAAACUCUUUACGAAAAUGGUUUCGUUCAACGAAAGGAAACUAGUUUUGUUCUGAACGGAAAACCUUUGUACUUGAAUGGGUUCAAUUCGUAUUUUUUAAUGAUUGUAGCAUCAGACCCAUCAACAAUGUCUAAAGUUACUACAACUUUUCAAGAAGCUUCCCAAAAUGGUUUAAACUUGGCAAGAACAUGGGCCUUCAAUGAUGGAGGUUAUAAAGCUCUUCAAAUUUCACCUGGUUCCUAUGACGAAGUUAUAUUCAAGGGAUUGGAUUUUGUGAUUUCAGAAGCAGGGAAGAAUGGAGUGCAGUUGAUACUAAGUUUAGUGAAUAAUUGGAAUGAUUAUGGUGGAAAAAGUCAAUAUGUUAAAUGGGCCAAAGAACAGGGUCAAAACAUCAACAAUGAUGAUGAUUUCUACGUACAUCCUAUUGUUAAACAAUAUUACAAAAACCAUGUUGCGGCUGUUUUGACAAGAAAUAAUACUAUAACUGGAUUGGCAUAUAAGGAUGACCCGACCAUAUUUGCAUGGGAGCUUAUGAAUGAACCUCGUUCUCAAAGUGACUCUUCCGGCAAAUCAUUUCAGGAUUGGGUGAGUGAAAUGGCUGCUUAUGUGAAGUCUAUUGAUAGCAACCAUUUACUAGAAGUUGGUCUUGAAGGAUUUUACGGUGAAUCAAUGCCGGAAAAGAAUCCCGGAUAUGGAGUUGGAACUGAUUUCAUUUCCAAUAACCAAGUUCCCGAAAUUGAUUUCACCACCAUUCAUCUCUACCCUGAAUCAUGGGUAUCAAGCUCAGACGAAGCUGCCCAAAAUGCAUUUGUUGACAAGUGGGUUCAAGACCAUAUUCAAGACUCAAAGGACAUUUUAAAUAAGCCAAUUCUUAUUACUGAGUUUGGAAAGUCAUCAAAAUAUUCUGGAUAUAACGUGGAAAAGAGGAACAGUUACUUUGAAAAGCUAUUCAAUUUCGUAUAUGAUAGUGCUAGUAAUGGAGGAGCAUGUGCUGGUGGCCUUUUCUGGCAGUUCAUAGCUCAAGGAUUGGAUAGCUUUCGUGAUGGAUAUGAAGUCAUACUUGAGGAGAACCCUUCAACUGUUACUGUUAUUAGUCAACAAUCUAAGAGAAUGUCAAAUCUCAAAUAG